AGGAGACAGUGUUAAAAUAAGAGAAGGUGCAUGCUGGUACUGACAUGUGUUCAGUUCCUUUCUUGUCUUUCUUGAAAGUCUUAACAGGAUUCUCUUCCCCCUCCCCCACUCUCAAACAGGUGAGGAAGAUGAUGGCCAGAAUUCUAUGGAGCCAUCUGUGAAUUCAUUGGGAAAAACAAAGAAACAGUUUAAAUGCCUGGAAUGUGGGAUGUGCUUUAGUCACAGUGGAAGACUGAGGACACAUCAACGAAUCCACAUAGAGGAGAAACCAUUUAAAUGUACUGACUAUCGAAAGAAACAUCAAGGAACUCACACAGUGGAUAAACCAUUUGAAUGUAUUGAAUGUGGAAAGUGCUUCAGUCGAAAUGGAAAGCUUAGAAUACACCAACGAACUCACACGGGGGAGAAACCAUUUAAAUGUAUUGAAUGUGGAAAGAGCUUCAGUGAAAGUAGAGCACUAAGAAAACAUCAACGAACUCACACGGGGGAGAAACCAUUUAAAUGUAUAGAAUGUGGAAAGAGCUUCAGUAGAAGUGAACACCUUAGAAUACACCAACGAACUCACACGGGGGAGAAACCAUUUGACUGUAUCGAAUGUGGAAAGCGCUUCAGUGUAAUUGGAAACCUUAGAAAUCAUCAACGAACUCACACGGGGGAGAAACCAUUUGAAUGUAUUGAAUGUGGAAAGUGCUUCAGUCGAUAUGGAACACUUAGAAUACACCAACUAACUCACACGGGGGAGAAACCUUUUAAAUGUAUUGAAUGUGGAAAGUGCUUCAGUCGAUAUGGAACACUUAGGAUGCACCAACGAACUCACACAGGGGAGAAACCAUUUAAAUGUAUUGAAUGUGGAAAGAGCUUCAGUGAAAGUGGAGCACUAAGAAAACAUCAACAAACUCACACGGGGGAGAAACCAUUUAAAUGUCUUGAAUGUGGAAAGAGCUUCAGGGAAAAUGGAGCACUAAGAAUACACCAACGAACUCACACAGGGGAGAAACCAUUUAAAUGUACUGAAUGUGGAAAGAGCUUCAAUCACAAGGGACACCUUAGAAGCCAUCAACUAACUCACACGGGGGAGAAACCAUUUAAAUGUACUGAAUGUGGAAAGAGCUUCAGUGAAAGUGGAGACCUUAGAGUACACCACCGAACUCACACGGGAGAGAAACCAUUUGAAUGUAUUGAAUGUGGAAAGAGCUUCAGUGAAAGUGGAAACCUUAGAAGACACCAACGAACUCACACGGGGGAGAAACCAUUUGAAUGUAUUGAAUGUGGAAAGAGCUUCAGUCAAAAUGGAACACUUAGAAUACACCAACAAACUCAUACAGGGGAGACACCAUUUAAAUGUAUUGAAUGUGGAAAGAGCUUCAGUCAAUAUGGACACCUUAGAAUACACCAACGAACUCACACAGGAGAGAAACCAUUUAAAUGUAUUGAAUGUGGAAAGAGCUUCAGUCAAAAUGGACACCUUAGAAGCCAUCAACAAACUCACACGGGGGAGAAACCAUUUAAAUGUACUGAAUGUGGAAAGUGCUUCAGUCAAAAUAGAACAUUUAGAAUGCACCAACGAGCUCACACUCAGGAGAAAUCAUUUAAAUGUAUUGAAUGUGGAAAGAGCUUCAGUCUAUAUGGAACACUUAGAAUGCACCAACGAACUCACAUGGGGGAGAAACAAUUUAAAUGUAUUGAAUCUGGAAAGAGCUUCAGUGAAAGUGGACACCAUAGAAAACACCAAAAAAUUCACACGGGGAGAAACCACUUAAAUGUAUUGAAUGUGGAAAGUGCUUUAGUCAAAAUGGAACACUUAGAAGACACCAACGAACUCACACAGGGGAGACAUCAUUUGAAUGGAUUUAAUGUGGAAAACUCCCCCCCUCAGAGCUGCAUCGGGGAAGGAGGCGAAGGAGGGGUGAGAUAA